CCUCAGUACCACUGCCGAGCUACCGCUAUGAGCACUACCGAACCGCCCACCACCAAACGCACACAGGCCAAACGAGCCUCUCGCGCCGAACCAGUGGAGGACCUCAUAUCGAAGUUUUAUGCGACUGUUGACAAGGUCACGUGUCAGAAGGACCUCAAAACCCAUGAGCGCACGAAAGUCGAAAAGGCAUUUGCAGUCCUUAACGAACAACAAGAUACCGCGCCAGCAUACCAAAAGAAGAGGGACUAUGUCAGGUACUUGAGGGAACUAUACGAUGCGGGCGACCUUAAGCUGGUCAUGCUCUGUGUUUUGGCUCUGGGUAGCUACCGUAUGAGCCAGCUAGGCCUGGAAGUCCGAACUGGGUUUCGGAAGGAAGUCGAUCUCCACAGAGACAAGUGGGACACUCCGCUUAUCCAGUCGCUUGCGCAAAAUUGCUGCGCAGUAGGUCUUAUCACCGCCACAAAAACCUGCAGGCUAGCAGAAACUGUCAGAACACAUACGGCAACAGCCCAGCUACAUGAUAAGUUCAGCAUAGUACAUGAAGCUCAAAUCGACACGCUGGAAAGUAUUAUUGGACGCUUCCUCUUCACCAGCGUGAGAUUGAGUUACAAGAGACGUGGAGAAGAACUGCAGGCAAGAGCUACGGGAGCUGCAGGUUUGCAUCUUCCUAAUCGAGAAUAUGAGGACGUCACGGUGAUGGUCUGGGUGCUUCCGUCGGUUGGUGGAUGCAUACUUGAGGUCAACGAGUUCUCUGUAGAGGCUUUGAGAGGCUUGCUAGGUGACUAUCUCUUUGAGGCUAUGGAAGCCAGCAAAUGCAGGAAGGCCGAAGAGAUGUCGCGGGGUUGUUGCCUGCCCCACCAUUGCAUAUUUAGUUCGUCACGUGCAUGUGAGCUUACCAAAUUAUAA